GUUACUCUUUUCAGCCGAUUGCAGAUGCUUCGAUAUGAGCCUCGGGGUGGGCAGAAGCUUACGGCAUAUUGCCUGUGGGCGACUGGUGGCGCGAGAUGGGAUUUAUCAAACCACUGCGGAACCAGUCCCCCACCCCCCUCAACAUCACCUCGGCGGUUUGGUGGAUGCGUUAGUCCUUGAAAUCGUUUCCUGUCUCGUUUUGACAACGGAUUCAUUAUUGACGCCCGGUAACAGGAGUUUAUAGAUAUCACUUUUUCGGCCAAAAGUCAAAAGUUUCGUCAGAUCAGCAGAUUGGCGACAGGGCGCUUGAGGCAAGAACAGUUUUGAUAGACCCAAAGAAGAAGGGCGAAGGAAGAGAAGAAGACCAGGGGAAAAGAACCGUGUUCAGCGAAUAUGGAAUACGAUACCUCGACCCUCAAUGGCGCGCCCGUCACGGGUAACGUCAAGCAUGAAAAGAAUACGAGCAGCCCCAAUCGAGGUCGCCUCAGGAUUCAAUGCGACCCGACUGACAUCUCCAUCCUCAAGGAGCCCGUCACGUUCGUCUUCUCAGGUCGGACUGCGAAGAACAGGUUCCUCAAGGCGCCAAUGACUGAAAGGCUGUGCCAUUGGAACAAAGAAGGCGAGGAUAUUUCAGCCCGAGGAAUGCCCAGUCCCGAGUAUCUCAACCUGUACCGACGAUGGGGUGAGGCCGAGAUCGGCAUCAUCAUCAGCGGCAACAUCAUGGUCCGGUACGACGCCGUCGAGGCAUACGGCAACCCCAUCCUCGUCGACGAUCACGAUGGCCGCCUCGCCAAGUUCAAGGAAGUCGUCGACGCCGCGAAGGCGCACGGCUCGCUUUUCAUUGCCCAACUCUCCCACCCGGGGAGGCAGGGCGGGAAGUACCUGAAUCCGAACCCGGUCAGCGCGAGCGAUAUCCAGUUGACCAUCAAGUGGUCGGGGAACGAGUUCAACAAACCCAGACCCAUGACCAUCCCGGAAAUCAAGGACAUGGUGAAAAGCUGGGGCGAGACCGCAUAUCUGUGCUGGAAAGCCGGCUUCGACGGCGUUCAAGUGCACUGUGCCCACGGCUACCUGCUAGCCCAGUUCUUGAGUCCCACCACGAACCGCCGCACCGACGAAUACGGCGGGGACCUGAACAAUCGCUCCCGCAUCGUGUUCGAGAUCAUCGAGGAGAUCCACCGGCGCGUGCCGGACCCGUCGUUUAUCAUCUGCGUGAAGCUCAACUCGGUCGAGUUCCAGGACAAGGGCACCACGCCCGAGAACGCGCGGGACCUGUGCCUGAAGCUGGAAGGGGCGCGCGUGGACUUUGUCGACCUGAGCGGCGGCACGUUCGAGGGCCGGGCGUUCGAGCACAAGAAGGAAAGCACCAAGGCGCGCGAGGCGUACUUUAUCGAGUUCGCCGAGAUGAUCCGGCCACUCCUGAAGAAGACCAAGGUGUACAUCACGGGCGGGCUGCGAACCGCGGCGGGCAUGGUGAGGGCCGUCGAGUGCGGCGCCUGCGACGGGGUCGGCAUCGGCAGGCCGUUUGCGCAGGAGCCGUACUUUGCCAAAGAGCUCCUGGGCGGGAAGGUCACGGGCGCCAUCGAGAACUUCUCGCCGUUGCCCCUCAACACCAACUCCAGCGGCACGCAAUUACAUCAGAUCGGCAAGGGGGACAGACUCAUCAGUGACUGGAGCGACGAGAGCGAGGUCAAGAGGUGGAUGGACGCAGAUGAAAAGGAGAUCGCCAGGAAGAUGAGCAUUUUGCCGGUGGUUGACAGUUCGGGCUAUCCACCCUUCAAGGCGGAGGUUGGCUUCGCCUACCUGGAGACUUGAGGGUCUGGGGACUGGGACAUCCACAAGGAUUCCACCGACUGCACCGAAGGAGUUGGACAUACACCGUUAGAAUACCGUAGACACAAAUACACAAAUCUGAUCGGGGCUGGAUGCGAUUCG